GGGCUGGAGUCGCGCGUGCAGCUCUCGGGGAGGUAGCUUGGCGUCCAGAGCCGUGGCCGCAGCGCGUAGCUGGCAGGGGCUCUCGCCUGGCCACGCACUUGCCUCCUCUGAGGCCUCCAGGAGCCUCUCCGCUCUUUUCUUGCCAGUCUGGCCCCAGCAGGCACCACCGGCCGUGGCCUGGGCUGCAUUUGCCGCUACUCGCUGUGUCCGGGACAGAGGGACGCCUGCCCUGUCACGUGCGUCCAAGUCCUCCGCCUGCCGGGGCAACGUGGUUCCCAUGGUUCAAGGCUGUUGAUGGAGAAGUGGGCGAAUGACAGCCGGGACUGUGGUCAUCACUGGGGGCAUCUUGGCAACUGUGAUUCUGCUCUGUAUCAUCGCCGUUCUUUGCUACUGUCGGCUUCAGUAUUACUGCUGCAAGAAGGACGAAUCCGAGGAGGACGAGGAGGAGCCCGACUUCGCCGUGCACUCACACCUGCCGCCCCUGCAUUCCAACCGAAACCUUGUGUUGACCAACGGGCCUGCUCUCUACCCAGCUGCCACCACCUCUUUCAGCCAGAAGUCCCCACAGGCUCGUGCUCUCUGCCGCAGCUGCUCCCAGUACGAGCCACCCACCUUCUUCCUGCAGGAGCCCGAGGACGACGGCUUCGAGGGUGCGCGCAACGGUGGGGGCCGCGUGGCCUACAAAACCAUCAGCCAGGAGGACGUGGAUCUGCCCCCAGCGAGCUUCGGGGGCCUGCAGGCGCUCAACCCCAACCGCCUCUCUGCCAUGCGUGAGGCCUUUUCCCGCAGCCGCAGCGUGAGCACCGACGUGUGACAGGCCUCCAUAUUGCCUAGGCAUCCAGCCCCGGAAGGUCUUGAGAUCAUGGCAGGAUCCCCAUGGCAUGCCCUGGCCCCAUGCCCAGACCUCGGCUCAGCCAAGUCUUCCCUGUAUCCCUGUCCUAGGGCCUCUAGGCAUGGGGAACCCCCCGGGCCCUCUGCAAGGAUAAAGCCUGAUGAACCAGGUGUGGCAGCUGUGGGUAGGGACGGCUGGCACAAGAGGGGAAGCAGGGGUCAGGAGGGUAAGGUCAGGCUCUGUUGGGGCACAGGAGCCAGGUCCUGUUCCCAGGAAAUGAGAAGAUGGCUAAUGUCCACCCCAGCAACUUGUCAGUCUCUGGCUUCAUGGCCUUAGUCUGUCAUUCCCUCACCAGGCCUUGGGCUUCCUACCUGCUCAAAGGAGCAGAGGUCUCACUGGUUGCCAUGGCCCUACAAGCAUGAACCUUCCAUAGAGACAGUGGACCAAAUAAAUAUUCUGUCCCUUCACCCAGUCUCCCCUUUCCCAUCCUUCUCCCCACCCUCUAUCCAUUCCUUCUCCACACUUUGUCUCACACUGAACCUAGGUGCCAAGCAUCUGCCCCAAGCUUGAAAUACCCAUUGCUCUGGCCUCCCUGAAGAUGGACAAGUCUUCUUGUGGAAGGGAGAAUUUAGGUGACAGCAGUGUCCUUGGGACACUUGUUCUACCCCGAUCUGCUUUUCUGAGAGAAGAGGCAUAGGCGAGGGGACAUUACUCUGGGAGGGUUGACACCAAAAUUUACACAUCCUGUACUCAUCCCUAAGCCCAGUCAACAGACAGACACACCCAGCACGGCUGCUGAUGCACUGGAGAUGGCCCAGCUAUGCACUAGGGGUCUCAGGUGUGACUCUUGGGCAAGCCAUCCCAUCCAUGAGCUUGAAUCCUCAUACAUGUAGUGGCUGGAGGGGGUGGGGGCUGGCUGCAGAAAGCCCUUUGGACUCUGGUCCUCAGUGGGAACUGAGGUCCCUGGGGAGAGCCGAGCAAUAGAUCCACUUCUUGUUUUCUGCUUGGAAUGAGGUCGCAGGCCCAGCCAGCUAGAGCUGGCUGCCCGUGUGUGGAAGCCUCAUCUCUAGCCGUGCUGCUCCAAGCCCUCCACUGGAUGAGGAAUUGGUGUCAGGUGGCCACCCCUUGAAGGUGCCCCAAGCCCAGAACCCCAGCCAUCAGGCACACAGUUCUCUGCUCUGACAGAGGCACCAUUCUUGGCAGCAAAGCCUCAAGAGUCCCUUUCCCUUGGGGCCCUAUUUCAUCCCCAGGCCCUGUAGGGGAGCAAGUGCCCCCCUCCAUGAAGGUGCCUUCCUAUAGGACAGUGGCCACUCCUGAGCCAGGUACCACAGCAGGGCCCUCCACACUUACUACAGGCAGCUGAACCAUGCUAGUGAGGAUCUGCUGUCUUUGGCAUUUGAAUUUUUUUUUCUCCUUUUCCUUUUCCUGCCUUGGUUAGGUCUUGCUAAGGUCUAAUCCACCCUUAGAAUCACAGAAGUCCCCAAAAUACCCCUUUCCUCUCCACUUCUUUGUCCCAGUCUACCCCAUGGCAUCUGUCCCUUGCAUUACUUGGGGUAUGGGUGAGGUAGGGAGGGGUGCUCUGGGCUGUUCUGUCUUUGUGUCCUAUCCCUCCCCUCCUUUUUUCAACCUCCACCAUCUCUGUAUAGACCCAUAGACAUCUUCAAAGUGAAUUAAGCAUCCAUCCCUACCAGCUCACUCAACACCACCAUGGGACCUGCCAGGAACCCACCCAGCACCCUGAGAAAAAGCAAAAGCCAAUAAAUUUGUUUCCCACACCAUG